CCUCGCUACAAAUACCAACUGACAAUAAUAAAAAGUGUGCAAAGGAGAUUCACAAAGUUCAUUCUUUCAGUUCGUCAUUUUCCGUACACAACUCGUCUGUGCUUAGUGGGAUUACAAACGUUAGAACAUCGCAGACCAAUUUCGGACCUAUGUUUUGUGUACAAAAUAUUAAACAACGUUAUCAGCAUUGAUUUGAAUGAUCUCCCUUGUCCUACCAAUCAACUCGUAGACAUCCUUACAGACUACGUGAAUCUAACUCUGACAGCAACACAUCUAGAUACUUUUUUGGUAGCAGAAUUGUUCAAAUAUGGAUCUGUUGGAUAUGGAUUUGCUUCGUCACCAACAUAUUUAAUUUUCAAAAACAAAAUAACUUUAGUAGAUCUCACCCAAUUCUUAACUAUUGUGUGA